AGUUUUCAUUUUUUCCUGGUUUCGGCUGAUAGUUUUCAGUUUUUUCUGGUUUCGGCUGAUAGCGGAGAACUGAAACAAACCGUUCCUGAAAAGUUCUGCUUUUCUCUUUCUGUGCUUUUAUUUUUUACAUUUCCUGGAAGUUUACUUCCUCUGUUCAAAGAAGAUCUCACUUCCUGUUUACUUCCUGUUUUCCUCUGAGGAAACGUGGACAGCAGACCUUCAGCUGGCAGCUGGAGGUGGUAGCUGACAGUGGUUCGAGCUGACGAGCUGAGGGUACAUCAGUUGUCUGUCAGUAAAAUAUCUCCUGAACCAUCAGAGGGAUUGGGAURAAACCUUCAGGAGAUCAUCUCUUCAUAAUGAGCUCUGAUUUGRAGCUGAGGUUUGUUUUCCGAGCAGGCUGACGCCCUGAGGGCACGUCUGACGUGACUCAACAGUUCCCAGAAUGCAUCAGCCUGUUUCCUGUGCUCCUCGGAGAUUUCACAAUCAGAGCUGUUUCCAGAGAAAGUGUGAAACCCGACACCGACUGCUGGAAUCAGUUAAAACCCAACUCCUGCAGAGGAUCUGGAACUCUGAUGUUUGUCCUUCAGGUGGUUCAGGACCAUCUGGACCCAUGAGGACCUGGACCCACCCAGGAGAAUGGAAACAGCUGGCAGCAGCAGGAUGAUGAUCAGCUGUUUGGUUCUGUUGGUUCUGUUGGGUCAGAGCUCACAGGACAGAUCAGAUGUUCUGGACUGUGAAGCUCAGAACCUAAAGCUGAAAGGUUCUGGUCGGACCCUCUGGGUCACCUGGGACGAUGAUCCUUCCUGCUCCGCCCCGACUGAGCUGCUCACCUACGAGCUGAUGGUUUUCAGGGAAGGUGAACAGGUUCAUCAGACGGAGCAGCCCGGCACCUCUGACCGGGUCGGGUCCAGUCAUUCCUGGAAGUGGACGUCCUUUUUACCGUUGGAGUGUGCUUCUCACUUUGUCAGGCUCAGGUCCAGACUGAACAACAGACUGGGCUCCUGGCAACAGUCCAGCAUCCUUCCAGGCAGAAACAGCAGCAAGUACAACGAGAUCUUCCCUCAGGAUGAGAUCUACAGCGUCGGCAGCGUGGCCACCUUCUGCUGCAUCCUCCCAGACGGGGAAACCUUUGAGGAAAUGUACCUGAGCCCUGAACUGGGCUCAAACCAGACCACCAGGAGGCUCAGCAGUCAGCGGUACGCCCUGACCCUGCAGCUGGACGCAGCCUGGGACCGCUGCGUCGAUGUCAAAUGUACGACCAGAGGCCCGGACGUGUACGGAGGCUGCGUUUACAUCGGCUACCCACCUGAUGACAGAGACCUCCAGUGUGAAACUCAGGAUCUGGAGUCAGUUCAGUGUUUCUGGAACACAGGAAGAGACACCAGCCUGAAGCUCAAGAGUCCAACAGUUUAUCAGCUGAACAGAAGCCUGUGUGAACAUGGAUCUAAGGGYAGAUGCUCCCUAAAGUCAAAGGUGGACUCUGGAGAGAGAACCUGGACCCUAACAGCAGAAAACAUCCUUGGGAAGGUGGAGCUCAGUGACACAGCUGACCUGAUGAAAAGAGUUCACAUGUUGGCUCCAGAGGGAGUUAAAGCCCAGCUGAUAGGAGCCAGAAACAUCAGCCUCAGCUGGAGCUGGACCCGGCAGCAGUACAAUAAUCUGAAUCUGACCUGUGAAGUAAAGGUCCAACACAGAGACAGGAACAUCACGAUCAAACACUCAGGAAUCGGACUGAACGCUGCAGUUGUGACAGAUUUAAUUCCAAACUGGAAAUAUCACGUGAAGGUCCGAUGUAGUCCAGCCAAAGAUUUCUGGAAAUGGGGGGCCUGGAGCGAGGGUGCCACCAUCAAAACUCAGGGUGAUGUUCCAGAAGCUCUGGAGGUUUGGAUGCAGAGGAAGGAGAACCGGACCGUGAUCCUUUGGAAGAAGCUGCUGGACACCCAGAGCCACGGACACAUCACAGGAUAUGAGGUGAACUGGGACAAGAUCCACCAGAACCAUUCCAAACCAACCUCCAUACCUCUCCACGUUUACAGCCACACCCUCACUUUGGACACGACACAGCAACACAUUGUCACGGUAACAGCGAGGAACGAUCAUGGCCGCUCACCACCAUCAACCAUCGUCAUCCCCGCCAUGGGUUCAGAUCUGGAUAACGUAGGGACUUCCAGCCUCUCGGGGACAAACGGAGUCUUGGACCUGUCCUGGUCCCGCAGUCCAGCAGGGACUUGUGGCUACGUUGUGGACUGGAGUCCUGUGGUCCAGGUUGGUCCUGUGCAGUGGCUGAAGCUUCCUCCCAACCAGACGUCGGUGCAGAUACCUGCAGAAACCCUGAGGGACGGACUCAGGUACUGGGUUCAGAUCUGGGCCUGCACUGAAGGAGCUCCGCUGCUGCUCCAGAGAACAGAGGCUUACUCCAGACAGACACAGAUCCAGAACCAGCUCUUCAGGUCUCUGAAGUUCACCCAGCAGGACUCUGACGGCCUGGUUUCCUGGGAUCCUGUUCCUCUCAGAGAGCAGUCCGCCUUCAUCCGGGGCUACGUUCUGCACUACCAGGACCACCGCAACAAAGUCUCCAACGUCAGCACGGAGGACCAAGAGGCCAGCAGCCUGACAGUGAAGAACCUGGACAUGGGUUCCUACUCCUUCACCAUGGUGGCAGCGACAGACGUGGGAGAAGGAGGAAACACAACCAUCACCGCCACCGUGACCCCCCCGACUGAUGGUUUGAUCUGGAUGAUCUUCAUCUCACUGGGAGCAGUUUUUCUUCUCCUCUUCCUCACCACAUUCCUCUGUUACAGACACUGGGCCUGCAUCAAACAGAAAGUCUACCCUCCGAUCCCAAAGCCAGUGGUGUCAGACCGCUGGAUCUCAUCUGUGAGUAAAAACGGGAACCCUUACCUCCACCCUGAGCAGUGCCAGCAGAACGAAGAUGAGAUGGACGUUCCUCAGCUGCAGUUUAAAUCUGGAGCCCGUCUGAGCGGCUACAUCAACGAGGAGGACAUGUCUCCUCUGUCUCUGUCUCAAACUCCCAACGGUUACUUCAACACACCAAAGCCCACCGACGUGCCCACCUCAAAGAGCUGGUCUCCAGCUGGUGUACAGUCUUCUCCGUUCAGAGCCCUGUUUCCAAACCCCUCCUAUAACCUGACGAUAGAGGGCGGGGACCAGCUGGUCUCCUCAGGACCUGGAGUCCUGUCUGGGCUGGACAGCUCCUGUGGGUACAAGCCUCAGGGUUCUGUGGAGACCUUCAGUCUGAUCCAGGACCAGCAGGACUUUGGGAUCAUCUGUAACCAAGGUUACAUUUUGGCACCAAACACUUCUUAACACUAGUUAACUCGUUUAUUUGACCCAUUCUUGUGGUUAAACAUUAACCAGGUGAGGCUUGACUCGUGCAGCUAAAUGUUUACCUGCUGUGACUUGUAGUUGGCAGAUAUGGAGAUGACUCUUUAUCAAAGACACUGAAUAAAUACACAAAGGGCUUGCCGUAAAACGGUUCAGCUCCAGAAUGUUCUGUGGUUCUACUGUUAAAGGAAACACGUCUAAUAUUCAUUUAWUAACUAAUUAAACUGCUGUGAGACGUUUAAACACAUAAACACCACAAACUACAUUUUACAAACUUUGAAGAACGUUUUUGUUGCGUUCAGACUUUGAGUCAGUUUUUUUAACCUUAAAGUGUUUUUAAAUUGCUUUGAUUACUUUGUUUCAUUUGAAACAUUUCUCUGCUGC